AUGUCGGAACAAGGACGACACGGAAAUCUACGGAGGUCAUCCGUUACUCAGCCCGGGUCAUCGCGUCGGCAACAAGCUGUUCAGCCGACACCCUACGGGGCGCUCCCGGAAGGCAUCCAUGGCAUCAAUACCUCCUCUACUAGCUUCCAAGGCUCUUCCCAUUAUCCCACCCCGACAGGACCAUUCACCGGGUAUGUUGGCCAGUACGCGAUGUCACCGUCUGGCGCAAUGGCGAUAGCGCAUACGCCGCCGCCUUUCUACCAACAUGUAUAUCAACAUCCCGGGGAAAGUAGCAUGCUGCACCAUGCUGGUUUUCAGUCUAUGAUCCCGCACCAGACCCGAGUUUAUCCCUAUCCUUCGCCCGACGCUACCUCGUCGUACCCAACAUCUACCUUUCCACCCCCACAGGGUACUGCAUCGCCUUCUCCUUCUCAGCCUUCAAGCGGACAGCCAGCUCACUCAUCUACUUAUUCUGGAACAGGUCCUUUCCAUUCGUUACGAUACUCCCCGAUGUCUACGCCUCAAUAUUCGUACCCACCCCCCCAGUCGUUCCCGACCUCUCCAAUUUAUACUUCCCAGUAUCCCCCCGGUGUCUACCCUCAACCGUUUGCGUCCCCUACGACGGAGUCAGAUAGUCAGGGCACAUGGUGGUAUCUACCCCACGUUCCAGCGCGGCAGUACGAGGGCUCACCAGCGCCCUAUGGUCACUAUUCUGUUGGCUAUGCUACUCCACCUCCGCAUGAUUCUGAACCUUAUGGCCAAUCCUCAGGCGCUUCCUCAUCGAACCAAUAUCCCAUGUCGCCCGUAGUGGCCGGCAGGUUUCCCAUAGAUCCAGUCUCGCCAAUACCACCCGCCACUCCUCUGUCUCCAAAACAGGAAAGCGCAUCUUCCCACAGCGCUCCUCCAGAGAAACCCCUUGUUCGACGAUCAUACCAUCCCAAUCCCCCCUCACAUCGCUCAGAAUGGGUCAUGUGGGUGGGUAAUGUCCCAUCCGAUGCCACUCACGACGAGCUAUGGCGAUUUUUCAACCAACCCCUCCCCUCAAAACCUCUUGAUGACCCGGGUCCUUCUGGCGUAAUGUCUAUAUUUCUCAUUUCGCGCUCAAGCUGUGCGUUUAUCAACUUCGAGAGCGAGGCCUAUCUUCACAAGGCCAUAGCGAGGUUUCACGGACAACCCUUGCGAUUUAAACACCCCCGAUGUCCUAGGCUUGUAUGUAGGGCUAGACGCAAGGACGACGAUCUCAAAGCCGGCGUUGGCGGGCAACGUGGGAUGGGAAUGCAUACGAAAUGGAUAAAAGAGCAAAUGGGUAAAGCGGAGUCGACCGAGUUGUCGGAGCCCUCUGAUCCUGAUGAGGUACCUACAACACCAUCCAGCUCGUCUGACCGUCAUUCAUUUGUUCCCUCGACGUCGUUCUCAAGCGACGACGAUGCGAGACCGACUCUGCGUACAAAGAAUUCGAGCAGCUCUGGUUCUUUUGCAUCGACGAACUCUAGUGUACUCGCAAGAUACUUUCCGAAGCGCUAUUUCAUUCUCAAGUCUUUGACACCGGAAGACGUUGACAUUAGCGUUCAAAAGGGACUAUGGGCCACCCAGAAGCACAAUGAAGGUAUCCUGGACCAGGCAUUUCGGACGAGCGAAGAGGUUUACCUUAUCUUUGGCGUGAACAAAAGUGGUGAGUGGUAUGGAUACGCCAGGAUGACUGGACGUGUUGGCCGUGGGGAACAAACAGUACCAUGGGCCUCGCGAGCCGAUUCUACCACUUCAUCACGUUCAUCACUUUCGCCAGUGACGGGACGUGGUCCUGUUCAGGCAGAGACAAUACCAGAGGAACCGUCGUCGACAUCCGCUUCCACGUUCGUGAUGAUCUUCUCUGCUCACCGGUUAGUCGAAAAUUCCCCGCAGCCGGUGUUAUCAUCAGAUCAAGUUCGUCCGACCCUUGGCCACACAGAGACUGCCGUACAGUCUGCACCCGCCGAGCUAGGCCCACAACGCCGCUCAAUGACAAUGCGGACGCCCAUCGCGAAGCACAGUCUUGAUACUCGGACAUUCAAGCCCGAGCGACCGAGCUUGUCCAAGACGCAGCCAAGCAGCUUCCAUUUGGAUGAAGGAGCUCCAUAUAGGGCGAUGAAGCGGAGAAGUGGGACUGAUGAAGCGGAUGAGCAACUCGGACCGGUCAUGGAGGAGGAAGGGGUGCAUGAGGAUGAGCAAGAGGUUCCAGCGACGCCAGAAGAGGAGACGGGCAAGGUCGAGGAAAAGAUACCACGAGAGGAAGGCUGGGGCGAGCCCUUCAAGGUCGAGUGGAUAAGAACCGAUCGGCUACCGUUCUACCGCACACGACACCUGCGCAACCCAUGGAACAAGGACCGCGAGGUGAAGAUCUCACGGGACGGGACGGAGCUUGAACCGUCAGUUGGACAACAACUGAUUGACGAAUGGCAGAAACCCCCGGAAUCUCGUCCGCCAGGCAAAGGUGCGACUGGCAGACGCGGUUCGUCGAAAGCUCCACCUGCAUCAGGAUCAGGAUCAUGA